AUGUAAUUCCUCAACAACAUCCAAUCCAUUGGAACUGUUAAGACUGCCAUUAUACCUCCCUAUAUAUCCCUCAUCCACCUGCCUAAUACCUCAUGUGUGAUUUGAUUUUGUGAUGAGAAGGCGUGAUGGGUUAGGUGUUCUCUCUCCCAAUAAACAAAAAGCCCCGUCCGAUUCCAAGAUCUGACAUUUUGCGGGGAGCUCACCUCCCUUACAUCCCACUACAUAAAAGCAUAACAACAUCCCAUUCUUGAACCACGUAACUAAGUGAGAGACCCGCGCUUAUCGCAGAUUCAUCCGCAAUGACGACGCCAGAAGUAUCCCACGGCCGAGGCGGGGCCGGCAACAUCCACGAGGACAACACCAAGUACGUCGACGGCGAGAUCGUGCGCGAGGGCACGGAAGGCAGCCACGGCGACGGCGCAUUUAGCACCGGACGAGGAGGAGCAGCCAACAUAGCCGACACCUCGGUCCCGCCGGCCCCCGUGCGCGCGGACCACGAGGUCGUGCCCGAGGAGGCCACGCGCCCGUCGACCGACGACGCCAGCUUCCACGUCGGCCGCGGCGGCGCCGCCAACGUGCACCUCUCGGCGCAGGACCAGGCCAAGCAAGAGGCUAAGCACGCGGCGCCCACCGCCAAAGUCACCGAUAGCCCGAUCGCGGCCGGGAAGGACAAGGCGAACCAGGGGCUGGCUGAUAAGUUGAAGAAUAAGAUCUUCGGGGUUUUUAAGAAGUAGGUGGGAAGUUGAGAUGGAAGAUGGAGGGCGAGGAAUGAUAAUGGGGGAGGAAGGGGCGGGGGGAUGAUGGCAAAGAUGGCAAGGAAGGAAAAGAGGGAAAAGAGGUUGAUGAGAAUAUGAGUACCUUUUUUCUUUGCGUUGUGACGGAGACAGCGAAAAGGAGGAGCGAAAAGUUGGGCUCCUGAUUUUUAACUUAAUAUCCCAGCUGGUAGUUGCAAUGCUGCUAGUUUUGAUUUCAAUUUACAUCACGAUGAUAUCCUCCGUCUAUUUACGUCUA